CUCGAUAUGCUCAGUUCAUUGUAGCCCGACAGAGAAACACACAGGCAGUGCCUCUUGGUCAGACAUCUUAUCUCAACAUGUCUUCCGAACUGGAAACUGCCCCACAUUUUAGAGUGAAAUACAGCAGUGGGGCCAAUGAAAAUGGAGAGAAAGAGAAAAGUGAGGUGAAGACGCAGCACCAGGAAGUUAACUUACCAGAAGGUGAUAUUUCAGUCACUUUGGAAAAAGAGCAGCUGCAGAACAAAUACAACAAACUGAGCAACAAUUACAGCCAACUGCAAACCCAACUUUUAGUGAAGUGUCCUAUCGAUUGGGCCAAAUUUGGAAUGAGCUGUUACUUUAAAUCCACUGAGAGGAAAAUUUGGUCUGAGAGCAGGACAGACUGUCAGUCCAGAGGAGCUGAUCUGGUGAUCAUAAACAACAAAGAGGAACAGGAAUUUAUUGAACUGAAUAUGAGAGGAGACUCCUGGAUUGGUCUGACAGCCAGUUAUAAAAGGGAAACUGGGAAACAUGAAUGGGAAUGGGUGGAUGGAUCCCCGCUGACAGAGGCGUUUUGGGUGCCAGGCCGGCAGGAUCCUGAUCAUGGUUUUUCUGCAGUAUGCUGUGAAAUUAAGGGAAAAUGGACACGAUCACAAUCUUCUGUAUCUAAGACCUGGAUCUGUGAGAAAUGAUUUUUGACUGAUGACAUAAGGAAAAUUAAAAUUUCUGAAUAAUCCAAGUAGUUCUCCAACUUCAAUUAGACAUCAUUAGUGUUAAAUUUCACAAAGGUUUGUCAUCUGUUACUCAUGUUUUUGUUCUACUGUGAGCUACUUCCUGUCUUUACCACAAUGGAUCAUUUUAAUGUUCAUAUUUUUUGACUUGGUAUUCUAAUAUUUUAUUGUUUGCUUAAGUUAUUGAUCAUUGGUUUUGGACAGAAGUUUUUUUCUAAGGAUGCAGGAAAGAUUAUCGUUGAUUAAUAUGUAUUUUAAGAAUUCAAAACAU